AUGCUUUUUAAUUUGAACGAUGAGGCAAGAAUUAUUGGGAUCUCAGGGAUGAUCGGUUCAGGGAAAACCAUUCUUGCCAAGGAGCUUGCGCGGGACGAGGAGGUCCGAGGCCAUUUUGCGAACCGAGUUUUGUUUCUGACUGUGUCACAAUCUCCCAAUCUUGAGGAGCUGAGAUCCCUUAUACGGGAUUUUCUUACUGGUCAUGAGGCUGGCUUUGGUACCGCUCUUCCGGAAUCCGUUGGUCAUACACGGAAGCUAGUGAUCCUUGAUGAUGUUAGGACAAGGGAAUCUCUAGACCAGCUGAUGUUCAAUAUUCCUGGAACCACAACGCUUGUGGUCUCACAGUCUAAACUCGUAGAUCCUAGAACCACCUAUGAUGUAGAGUUAUUAAAUGAACAUGACGCAACAUCUCUGUUCUGUCUCUCUGCUUUCAACCAGAAAUCAGUUCCUUCAGGGUUCAGCAAAAGUUUGGUCAAGCAGGUUGUUGGGGAGUCUAAAGGUCUACCUUUGUCUCUGAAAGUCCUUGGCGCUUCAUUAAACGAUCGACCUGAAACAUAUUGGGCAAUUGCAGUGGAGAGGUUAUCAAGAGGUGAACCUGUUGAUGAAACUCAUGAGAGUAAAGUGUUUGCUCAAAUCGAAGCAACUCUAGAAAAUCUCGAUCCAAAAACCAAAGAGUGUUUCUUGGAUAUGGGUGCUUUCCCUGAAGGCAAGAAAAUCCCUGUUGAUGUUCUCAUCAACAUGUUGGUCAAGAUACAUGAUCUUGAGGACGCAGCCGCCUUUGAUGUUCUUGUUGAUCUAGCAAAUAGGAAUCUUCUUACUCUCGUGAAAGAUCCAACGUUUGUCGCUAUGGGCACUAGCUACUAUGAUAUAUUCGUGACGCAGCACGAUGUUUUAAGAGAUGUAGCACUUCAUCUUACCAAUCGUGGAAAAGUAAGUAGAAGAGACCGCUUAUUGAUGCCAAAAAGAGAGACCAUGCUUCCCAGCGAAUGGGAGAGGAGCAAUGAUGAGCCAUACAAUGCACGAGUGGUUUCCAUUCACACAGGAGAAAUGACUGAGAUGGACUGGUUUGACAUGGAUUUCCCCAAGGCAGAAGUUCUGAUAGUAAACUUCUCUUCAGACAACUAUGUAUUGCCUCCUUUCAUUGCUAAGAUGGGAAUGCUUAGGGUGUUCGUGAUUAUAAACAACGGUACCUCUCCAGCGCAUCUACAUGACUUCCCCAUCCCUACCAGUUUGACCAAUCUAAGGAGUCUCUGGCUUGAGAGGGUUCAUGUCCCUGAACUCUCUAGCAGUAUGAUACCCUUGAAAAACCUCCACAAGCUAUAUCUGAUUAUUUGCAAGAUCAAUAACAGUUUUGAUCAGACAGCCAUAGACAUUGCCCAAAUCUUCCCAAAAUUGACUGAUAUCACAAUAGAUUAUUGCGAUGAUCUUGCGGAACUACCUUCGACCAUCUGUGGAAUAACCUCUCUCAACUCCAUCAGCAUAACAAAUUGUCCCAACAUCAAGGAGUUACCGAAGAAUAUAAGUAAGCUACAAGCCCUUCAACUUUUGAGGCUAUACGCUUGCCCAGAGCUAAAAUCUCUGCCUGUGGAAAUCUGUGAAUUGCCAAGACUAGUGUAUGUCGACAUCUCUCACUGUCUCAGCCUAAGUUCUCUUCCGGAAAAGAUAGGAAAUGUAAGGACACUUGAGAAAAUCGACAUGAGAGAAUGUAGCUUAUCGAGCAUACCAAGUUCCGCAGUUUCAUUGACUUCCCUAUGCUAUGUAACAUGCUAUAGAGAGGCUUUGUGGAUGUGGAAAGAGGUUGAGAAGGCAGUUCCCGGACUUCGUAUUGAAGCUACUGAAAAAUGGUUCAACAUGACUUGGCCCGACGAGUAG